AGGGAAACGCCGGCGCACUGAAAAGAUCCAGAACUGUUCAGUGCUCUGACUUCUCAGCGAUCUAUAGAUUCAAGAAGGCGAACUCCUAUACCAACCGUCACAACGGUCAAAAACUGGUGUGAUUUUGAUUCCCGGGGAGAGCAAGAAUGGCGUCGAAGCAAAUGGAAGAGAUACAGAAGAAGCUAGCCGUUCUCAAUUAUCCGCGAGCCGACGCUCCUGCUCAGUCUCUCCUCUUCGCGGGCAUGGAGCGCUAUGCUCUCCUCGAAUGGCUUUUCUUCAAAUUGUUGGGUGACAAAUCACCCUUCUCUCAACAAAAUCUCCAAGGGGAUGCCAUGGAUCGGGAUGAAGAAACUUCUAGAAUACAGUAUCUGGCAGAGAUAGCCAAGUUCCUGGGAAUCAUGCCAACUAUAGAUACUGAAACCAUCCAAGGACGAGGAAGCUAUGAAGAUCGAACUGAAAUGCUACGUCUAAUAGUGGAUCUUGUUGAGGCUAGCAUUUAUGCUGAUAAUCCAGAGUGGAGCAUUGAUGAACAGGUAGCAAAGGAUAUACAACUAAUAGAUUCCAUUGCAGAGAAACAAGCUCUCAUAUUCUCAGAGGAGUGCAAGUUGUUCCCUGCAGAUGUCCAGAUUCAAUCCAUAUAUCCACUGUACGCAUAGCUUUCUCUGCUCCAUUUUCUGUUGUAUCCAGCUAUCUGCAUCACACGAUACCUCAUCUUGAAACCAUAUACAUGUGCAGGCCUGAUGUAUCAGAGCUGGAGAGUAAGCUUUCGGAGCAAUCGAAAAUUCUCCUAAAUCUUCAGCAGAAAGUUGAUGAUUUGGCAUCAAAGCAUGCUUACAAUCCAGGUGAAGAGUAUACACAGGUGGAAUCCCAACUUCGGCAGCACUUAGAGUCCUUCUUAGAAACUGCAAGAUCAUUCAACACGAUCUAUACAAAGGAGAUUCGCCCAUGGACACAUAUGAUGGAAGUGCCUCAGCUCCAUGGAUUUGGGCCAGCUGCUAACCGGUUGUUGGAGGCAUACAAGAUGCUUCUGAAGUUCCUGGGCAACCUGAGGAACCUGAGGGAUUCAUACGCAGCACUCGCUGUUGGUUCGUCAGAAACUGUGGCGGGUGAACCGUCUUCAGUCACAAACAUCAUAUCAGAGUGCGAGUCGGCAUUGACAUUCUUGAAUCACGAUCUUGCGAUCCUGUCAGCUUCCAUUAAUCGCGAGAAAGGUGGCAAUUCGACUCCUUGAGCGACAAGAAGAAGUAAGAAUGUAAGAGUUCAAAACAUUUGUUGAGUGCUUGAGAACCAACCAGGUUGGUAGGCAGACCCUUGCGCGAAGAGAAGCGAAACCUGCAGUGGCUGAAUUCUCUGACUUUCUCAUGUAUUUUGUGCAAUUGGUCCUUGUACUUGUUCAGUAGAAACCAAGUGGAGAUUGGUGCAUGAGUGUGUUUUGGUCUAUUGCUUCUUGGGUUUGGGUGUGUUCUUUUGUAAUGAACUGACCAAUGUUGCUUUGGUGGCACCGUAACAUAUCACAUUGAGUUUCAUUUCGGGUAACAAUUACAAAAUCGGCUUCCCAAUAGAUUUAUUGAAAUUGAACUAUAUCCAUAUUCCAAAGUCUUAAAGAAUUGUUGAUUAAUCAAUGAACUUGACAAAUACAUUAAACCCAUG